AAUCUGUCACUCACUGCGUGGUCACUCAGUGUACGCACUCGAGCUCACCACUGACGUUUCUGCUGACGUGGCCGGCCUGCGCUCGCUAUCGAGGGCGCAUCGGCUUGUUUGGAUCUCAAGACCUCGCCUUCAAAAGGGCGCACUCGGUCGCUUACAUCCACCUCGUUGCUCACCAGCACUCGUCUGACAACGAAUACCAACAGCACACACGUGCACACUAUACCGGUCUGCUUCAGUGAACUGCAACUCCCCCCCCCUCAAGAUCCGCAAAAUGCUCUCCCGCCUAGUCAAGCUCUUUCCAUCGGCUUUGCGCGGCUUUCAGACUCAGGCGCCCUUGCAAGUAGCACCUACCUUGGCAUCUCUAACCCCAGCUUCUCUGACCAUCGGUUCCUCUGUCAUCGAUGUCGUAUCUUUUACUGGUCCAGCUCGUCCGUUGCGUCGAGUAGGCAUGAUGCCUCUGCCCAACAACCGCAUCUCAACUUCCUUUGCAGACCAAUUCAGCGCUUCAAAGCCGAGCAUGCGCAUGCACACCAUCUCCGAGCCCGGCACUUCGAAAGCCGAGGAGGUGUCCAAGUCUGCUAGAGCCGCUGAAACGAUCGAGCAUACCAACGAGGUCACAAACAAUGUCGAGUCCGCCGUUUCGAAGGUGGAAACGUCAGUACAGACUCAUCACGAUGACCUACGUCAAGCGCUCGAGCCUGGAUCCAUCAUCAAGUCCGGUUCGCACGAGACCGGUUUUGGUCGUCUGGGCGAGUCAGCUUGAUUAUACGCA